CGUCUGUCCCCUCCUGGCCACAGACUCGAGCUGCUCCCCUGAAACACCGCUGGCACUGGCUUUGCCUCUCCCUCCUGCCCUCUUGCCAGACUAACAGGCGAAUCCCUGAGCUGUCUACAAGGCAGGGGCAUUCAAAGAAGAGCCUGUCUUAAUCCCACAGGAGUUCAGCAGGAGCUCAAGGUCUUUGCAAACCCAGUUCCUAUUCCCAUCACACAGUUUAGAAAAUAUUAAAAAGCUAAUGGACACUGCUGCAGCAAUUAGGGAUAAAAAUCCACUGCUCACUGGCUUUGGCUUAAAUCAGUAGUUUAAAUCUGCAAGAAAUCAUAGAAUGAUAGAUAAAGCCCCUGAAUGCUAAAUUAUCAAUGUGUAUUGCAGGCCAGGAUCCCAGAUUUAACAUCAUGUGCCAACAUGUCUCUAAGCCCAGACCCUGCCUGGGGGGCAGUGAUGGUCUUGCUGGGGGACUGUGGAUAGUGGGGAAAAAAAGAAAACCCCAACCAACCCAAACACGCCAGCAAACAAAAUUACCUGGCUUGUUUUUUCCACCUCAGAGACACCUAUUUCUCUCAGGCAAGAGCUUUUAGGGAUAACAUUCCCAAAUCACUUGAAGAUGCCUGCCCAUCCUUUCUUACUGGUUGCUAUGGUGAGAGAUGACGGAGCCCCAGACGGGUAUAAUAUGAGGCAGUGCGAGGGGAAGGGAUGUAGCAGAGGAGGGAGACGAGCGGUGGGAAGAGGGGAAGGUGCUGCCUGGGGCCACGCUGCUCACCAGCACCUCACCAGCACCUCACCAGCACCGCUGGCCACUGCGGACCUGCCCAGAGAGGGGCACAAUGAACAUCGAAGUGCAGAACAUCUCUUACACCAGCGCCACCGUCUCCUGGGCCAUGAACAACCCCUGUCCAGAGAACUACUACCACGUCAUGUACCGCCCCAACUGGAACAGCGUCUUCGCUGGCUACUUACGCCAAAACUUCCACCGCGAGGAGCGAGUUCCUCACCCCCUCAGCUCCCUUGUCCUCCACCGACUCACCCCAUCCACCAUCUACGUCCUCUGCAUCACGUGCAAGAACUCUUACCCCUCCAGCAACCACUGCACCACCUUCCACACUCUGGACAAAACCCCUCUGGUUUUUGGUGGCUCUAAGCAUGAGUCUACCACCUCCAUGUGGAUGGUGAGCAGCCUGCUGCUCCUCUGCUUCAUUGCUCUCCUGGCCUACGGCUGCCUGCAGUUCUGGUCGGCACGAUGCCACCGGGCUGCGAGGCUGAAGCACCCCGAUGACAGCCCUGACGAAGCCGGUGAAGGGAGCAGCUCGCUGGAGGGGCCACUGAAUGACGGACUGAGAGAGGAGCUUCUGGAAGUCCCCAUGACCACAGUGCUAAUGCGGAGCUCCAGUUUCAUGAGGGAGAGUCCCUACAGAUCCCCUCACUGCUUUUUUUCCUAUAAAAACAGCGAUGAUAAAAGGGCCAUCUUGCCGCAGCACGGCCUUCAAUGAGAGCAAUAUCAAGACAGACCCUGCUUAGAGAACCCUGUUUGGUUCGCGCUGCUUUUUCCCAGCUCCUGCCAACAGGACUGUCUGUGUGUCCACGGGGGCUGUCUGUCCCAGGGUAGAACAUGAGGUGGGGGCAUUGGCUGCAGGGAGAAAGAUUUUUGUCAAGCGACAAAAAUAUUCUCAUUUGCUGAGGGUUUUUUUAAAAGAAACCGAUUCAGCUCUCUGGGAAGGGCCAGGCUUGGCUGACUGUAAUGUCAUUAGCUAAUCUUCAUCAGUGCUGUAGAUUCACUUCAGAGUCAUCAAUCAACAUGCAAAAGAAAUAAACUCCACUCAAGUACUUUCACACUUGAGUGAUGCUCCACCAGCAUCACACUCCAAGCCCUCAUAAUGCCUGUAUAAACAGUCAUCACAGCCUGACAAAAAGAGCUUUUUGUCAGUAUUAAGUAGUCUACAUUUGCACAAAGUAUUUUAGUAAUUCCCAUUUUGAACUACAAAUGGGAUUCCUGAAGCGGUACCUAACUUGGGGAGGAGCACUGCUUUGGAGCUCCAACUUGGUCUCCUCUCUGCACAUUUAAGUGGAUGCGACUUGGUCUCAGCGUAAACGCUAAGCACAGAGCAGUGUCAGCAUCCCUUAAACUGGGCAUGUUACGGAGAGGAAUACAGGAAAGUAAUAGCAAAAGCACACUGAAUCUGCUUCUUGCAUGGCUUUUUGGAUUCACACAGCAACACAACCCUGCACAUUUGCACCCACCAUUCUGUUAAUGAACCAGUUCUUGCAUUUCUUUCUUCCUAAAUAAAUACUUCCAACAUCCAUC